GGGAGAGGAAACCUCCAGGAACCUGAGGGAAAGAGGAAGUUCUGCUGGAAACGUCCUGUAAAGAGGCUCUGAUGUCCGGACAGCGGGAGGGAGAGCCCCGGCAUGAGGAGCAGAGAGAUCCAGUCAGAGGACAACACCAGAGAGAUGUCCGCGUCCUCUCCUUCCACAGGACGGUCAGAUGACUGUACUGGGAGCUUGGAGAAACAUCUCAUAUCUACAUAUUGUAAUGCAGAUGAUCCAUGUUCAGAAUGUAGGAAAUCUUUUACUGAAAAAUCAUCUCUUAAGAGCCAUCAGAAAAUUCACACAGGAGAGAAGCCGUUUUUGUGCUCAGAAUGUGGAAAAUGUUUUACUAGAAAAACACAUCUUGAAAAACAUCAGAGAAUUCACACAGGAGAGAAGCCGUUUUCAUGUUCAGAAUGUGGAAAAUGUUUUACUAGAAAAACACAUCUUAAAAACCAUCAGAGAAUUCACACAGGAGAGAAGCCGUUUUCAUGUUCAGAAUGUGGCAAAUCUUUUACUAGAAAAAUACAUCUUCAGAACCACCAGAGAAUUCACACAGGGGACAAGCCGUAUUCAUGUUCAGAAUGUAGGAAAUCUUUUAUUGAGAAAGCAUCUCUUAAGAGCCAUCAGAAAAUUCACACAGGAGAAAAGCCGUUUUCGUGUUCACAAUGUGCUAAAUGCUUUACUAGAAAGUCAAUUCUUCUUCUACAUCAAAUAAGUCACACAGGAGACAAGCCGUAUUCAUGUUCAGAAUGUGGCAAAUGAUUUACUCAGAAAUCAUCUCUUGUUCAACAUCAGAGAAUUCACACCGGGAACAACCAAUUCUGAAUCCUUCCUGUAAAAUAUGCCAUGAAUUUCCAUAUUUUUCUUGCUAGCAUUUAUAACGAGAAGACUCUUCUUUGUUAUAAAAAUAUUGCAUAUAUA